AUGAAAUUGAUUGCUACAUUAUUAGUCGUAUUAGUUUGCGUCAGUGCUGCUCCAAGAAAUCCAUUUGAUUAUUCAAAGAAGCGAUCUUUGACAGCAGUCAUGGCUGAAGUUGAAGCAAAGCUAAAUAACAAGUCACCACUUGAUGCCGUCUUGAAUAUCUUGAGAGAUUUCAGAGAUGCAGUCAACACAGAAUAAGUUAACCAUGAUGAAAUCUACAAUAUCCAAUAAACUGAAUGCGAUUCUGAAAAUGAAUUUAGAUCAAGAUAAGUUUAAGAUGCUCAAACAGUUUUGAGAGAUUCCACUGCUGCCUUGAAUGUCUGCAAUACUUCUAAAAUUAGAACAACCAACGUCGCAGAAGUCAACUAAUAAUAAUACCAAUCAGCUUAAGAACACUUAACAACAGUCUUGAACACUGCUGAAACAGAAGCACAAUACUUCAAGAGAAGAGGAAGAGAUUAUGAAGACGCUCUCCAUGCUAUCGAUGAAGCCUAAGAUAUCUUAGCUGCUAUCUAUAGUGGAUCUGGAUCAUUUGCUGAAAUCAGCAAAGUUUCAAAGAGCAUGCUCUAAACUGCUUUCAACAUCAAGGAAACUGCUAAAUUCGCCCCAAUCUUCUAUGCCUUUGCUCAAUUGGCUGCUUAAGAAGGAUAACUCGAUGAAUCAGCCCUCGAAAGAGUUGCUUAACUUUUGGACAACUUGAGAUCCAAUAUUCAAGAAGCCUAUGACGAUUUUGCUAGCUCAAAUGCUGCUUCCGUUGCUGCCUUCAACGACUAAAAGGAAAGAUUAGGAUAAACCAUUGCCAGACUUGAAGCCUAAAGCGAAAGACUCUAAAACAAGUUAACCAACUUAGUCUAAUGCAUUGGAACUCAAUCAGCCAUUGCUUAAACCGCCUCAGGAAAACUCUAAAGAAACUAAUAACUUUGGGACUAAGCCUAAGCUUUAUGCUCAACCUUCUCCAAUGAAUACAACUAUGCCACCUAAGCCAGAAGAAACGAACUCUAAUUGGUUGCUCAAUUGGAAGAGAUGGUCGCUGAAAGAUUCGACUAAGUUGAAGAUGAAAAUCACAAACUAGGCACUAGUCUUUCUCCAAGAAAUGGAUAUUGAUUUUUAUCAAAAUAUAAUAUGUAAAACAAAAAAGUUUCAACCUUUUUUUGAAUAAAUUA